AUGAGUAGUUAUCAUCACUCUCGAGCACUUCUUCCCUCUCUUUCACCACGUUGCUCCUUUCUUAACAUCCAGCUCCAUCACCUACGUCGGUGCAUCCUUCGAAUCUGCCUCUGA